AUGGGUUGCGCCGUUUCACGUUUGGAAGACGAUGGAAUGGCGUUGUCACCAAAGCUCCGCCAGGCCAAGCCAGAGCCGCUCAUGCAUCCUCACCAUGACAAAAAUGCCCCCGAUAAAAAACCUAUGCGUUUGUCCCUCAGAAAAGGUUAUCAAGAAGAGAAAAUCGGAGGAUUGAAUGAAAAUGGUGAUUGUGCGGAUGAUGACGGGAGAAGGAUCAAGCGUGGUGAAGAAAGGGCUUUCCCGGGAUCCCCGAGUUUUCGAGUGUAUUUCAAGGAUAAUGGAGAAGAUCACAAACAUGGUCAUGAAAAUGAAGCAUUGAAGAAUGAAGUUUUGGGCAAUGGAGCAGAAACACCAAAGGAGUUUGCUGAAAGUAAUAAAGUGAAGAUCACGAGUGACAAAAAGAAGAGUUCGAAAAAGGUGUUGCCCAAGGGACGACAAUCCAUCGUGAAGAACCUUUUCAACUACAAAUCAUGCUACAACACGCUCCCCUCAUCGGGUCAUGACCAAACUAGUCUUCUCAGGGGAAAGGCAUCCACUUAG